GCUUCAACUUCGGUUGGUGUGUGUCGAAGAAACCUGACUGCGACCUGGGAGAACAUCGGAGAAGGUCCACUGGAGAGGGUCCACCGAGCCUCGCGAAAGGUCCGCUGAGCGGGCUCGCAACCGGAGCCACUCCGGGCUGCGGAGCACCCAGCGGAGCCCACGCCUGGCACAGGUGUGGGACCCCAUCCUUCCUGUCUUCGCAGAGGAGUCCUCGCGUGGUGAGUAUGCGAAACAAAAAGCUUUUGAAAACAAAAAGAAGAAAGGGUGGAAGAGGAGGCCAGGAUCCAGGCCUCCAUCCCAACAGCAUUGAAGCUACACCUGGGAGGUCCCCUCCCACACCAGCUCUCACCCUGGGGCCCGACUGCCCACCUCCUCCUCCUCCUCCUCCCCCCAACGACCCCUCCUCCCCACCGAGCUGCUGUGAGUCAGACCAGUACAUCCCCACCCUGGCCGAACGCGGGCGGGAGGAUCUCUCUGAAGAGAUCAACAACCUUAGAGAGAAGGUCAUGAGGCAGUCCGAGGAGAACAACAACCUGCAGAACCAGGUGCAGAAGCUCACAGAGGAGAACUCAAACCUUCGUGAGCAAGUGGAGCCCACCCCUCAGGAUGAGGAGGAUGACCUCGAACUCCAUGGCGCUGCGGCCGCUGCGGCCCCACCCCCUCCCGAGGAGGAAGAGUGCCCAGAAGAUCUUCCCGAGAAGUUCGAUGGCAACCCAGACAUGCUGGCUCCUUUCAUGUCCCAGUGCCAGCUCUUCAUGGAGAAGAGCACCAGAGAUUUCUCAGCUGAUCGCGUCCGCGUCUGCUUCGUGACAAGCAUGAUGACUGGCCGUGCCGCCCGCUGGGCAUCCGCGAAGCUGGAGCGAGCCCAUUACCUGAUGCACAACUAUCCAGCCUUCAUGACCGAGAUGAAGCAUGUCUUUGAAGACCCCCAGAGGCGAGAGGCAGCCAAACGCAAGAUCAGACGUCUGCGCCAAGGCAUGGGGUCAGUCAUUGAUUAUUCCAAUGCUUUCCAGAUGAUUGCCCAGGACCUGGACUGGAAUGAGCCGGCGCUGAUUGACCAGUACCAUGAGGGUCUCAGCGACCACAUUCAGGCUGAGCUCUCGCGUGUCGAAGUCGCCAAGACACUGUCCGCGCUGAUCGGCCAGUGCAUCCACAUCGAGAGAAGGCUGGCCAGGGCGGCCGCGACCCGCAAGCCGCGCUCCCCGCCGCGGGCGCUGGUGCUACCUCGCAUCUCCAACCACCACCAGGUGGACCCCACCGAGCCCGUGGGAGGUGCGCGCAUGCGCCUGAGCCAGGAAGAAAAAGAAAGACGCAGAAAGCUGAACCUCUGUCUCUACUGCGGAAAUGGAGGUCACUACGCCGACAACUGUCCUGCCAAGGCCUCAAAGGCUUCGCGCGGGAAACUCCCCGGCCCCGCUGUAGAGGGACCUUCAGCGACCGGGCCGGAAAUAAUAAGGUCCCCACCAGAUGAUGCUUCAUCUCACUUUCAAGUGAUGCUCCAGAUUCAUCUUCCGGGCAGACACACCCUGUUCGUCCGAGCCAUGAUUGACUCUGGUGCCUCUGGCAACUUCAUUGAUCACGAAUAUGUUGCCCAGAAUGCAAUUCCUCUAAGGAUCAAGGACUGGCCAAUACUUGUGGAAGCGAUUGAUGGACGUCCCAUAGCAUCGGGCCCCGUUGUCCACGAAACCCAUGACCUGGUUGUUGACUUGGGAGAACACCGUGAAGUGCUGUCCUUUGAUGUGACUCAGUCUCCAUUCUUCCCGGUCGUCCUGGGGGUGCGCUGGCUGAGCACACACGAUCCCAACAUCACCUGGAGCACUCGGUCGAUCGUCUUUGAUUCUGAAUACUGCCGAUACCACUGCCGGAUGUAUUCUCCAAUUCCACCCAUUCUCCCACCACCAGCACAGCCGUCCUUUUACUACCCAGUUGACGGAUACAGAGUUUACCAGCCAGUGAGGUAUUACUAUGUCCAGAAUGUGUAUACUCCAGUUGAUGAAAACGUCUACCCCGAUCACCGCCUGGUAGACCCCGCCAUCGAAAUGAUACCUGGAGCACACAGCAUUCCCAGCGGACAUGUGUACUCUCUGUCCGAACCUGAAAUGGCAGCUCUGCGUGAUUUCGUGGCCAGACAUGUGAAAGAUGGGCUGAUCACGCCAACAAUCGCACCUAACGGAGCCCAGGUGCUCCAGGUGAAAAGAGGGUGGAAGCUGCAGGUUUCUUACGACUGCCGAGCUCCCAACAGUUUCACCAUCCAGAACCAGUAUCCUCGACUCUCGAUUCCAAAUCUGGAUGACCAAGCUCACCUGGCGGCGUACGCUGAAUACAUACCUCAGAUCCCUGGCUACCCCACGUACCCUGCGUAUGGCACGUACCCGACCUACCCGGUCGGAUUCGCCUGGUACCCAGUGGGACGGGAUGGACAUGGACGCCCGCUCUAUGUCCCUGUGAUGAUCACCUGGAAUCCUCAUUGGUACCGCCAGCCUCCGGUACCCCAGUACCCGCCGCCGCAGCCGCCGCCGCCCCCGCCGCCGCCGCCGCCGCCGCCGUCCUACAGUCCCAUGUAAAUACUGUCAUGUCCUUCGGGAUCUCUGCCCUCCAGAUGUUUUCCUGUGCAGCUUCUCAGUCAGUGACUGUGUGCCCAGCUGGGCUGCUGUAUCCUCAGGCCAGCCUGAGGUGUGGUCCUCGGAAACGGCUGCAGGUCAGGGCCACCCCGCACUGGCACACACCCUGAAAGCACCCAACGACCGCCGCCAUUUUCUGGGAGCGACCGAAAUUGGACUAACAAAUUCUCUCUCAGUUUUCCACCUUAACUGCCAAUCUAAAAUUCAUAACAAGUUUACUUCCCAGUAAAUCUUAGAAGUCUGGAGUAAUAUUUACAGAGAAGCUGAUGCAAACGCAGGAGAUGCUGUUUUCUGUAUGGAGGGGGAGACAAGGAGGAGGAGAACAUGACUUUUCUUGCAGUUUCGGUACUCACAGCGCUGGAGGACCGACGCCUUAUUAAUAAGGAAGCCACAGUUGGUGCAGUGUGAAACGGCUUCCGUGAUCUUUUUGCUGCACCCUUAGAAACUUCCCCAUCUUCAAACUUUUCUUUCAUGGUUCUGUUUGUUCUCAAGGAGCAGCAGCCCGGCAGGUUCUCUCAGGAGCAGGCAAAGUCCCUGCAACGGAUACACCUCAGGCUUGAGAAGGAAGCACCCUUUCAGACAGACUCUUGCAUGUUGAGUGUGCCUUCACAUCCUGGUGCGAAUCACGUGUACCCAAGAACUCUGGUUUUGUUACAACUCCUUACCAUCAGGUCAGCAGUGGCUUCCACAAAAUGUUAAACCUGGUAACCAGAAACUGUUGGUGGCUCCAAGUGUACUAGAUGUUUGUGAAACCUGUCAAUCAUGAGGGCUAACAAGUAGCAAAUCAAUCACUGGAAGCCUUGGGAGCAUCUAUCCACAUCUCUGCCUCCUUAUGCACCUGGGCAUUUCAUCAUCCGACCCCUCACUAAACUGUAGCAUCAGGAUGCUGAGGGAAGGGAAAUGGUUUUAGCACCCACACUCUUAUACCUGGAAGGGGUGUCUUUGAAGAAGAGAAGUUGGGGCACUGGAUACAGUCUUGGAAGAUACGGACUUCAGUGAGCUUCAAAUCCAGCUGCCAAUGAAUGAAAGGCCUCAGAAAGCAACUCAAAUGACUCAGACUGAAAGCAACAGACAACACAAGUGUUGUCCUCAGUCCAGUGACAUCAUCUGGUGUCUUCUGGAUGCUUUGUGCUAACCCGGGACUGCCUGACUUCCUUUAGCCUGGUCCCUUGCUACUACCUUGAACUGUUUGUCUAACCUUUCUUUCUGUUUAAUUCUUUGCUACUGCCGUUAACUCUGCUGCAGGAUUUGUGUCAUCUUUCCUGCCUGGUUGCUGAGACUCCAUUUUCCUGCCACGCGCAGAGAAGAAAGAAGCAGGCUUCAAGGAGCAUGUGUUUCAACACAAAAUCUCCAAUUGCCAAAACACAGUUUAAGCAGUAGAAACCAACAUGGUAUAUAUUUUAAAUUGCCUAUCAGGGAGAGGAGUCUUAACGGUGAAGUUUCAUUUUUCCUGAACAUCAUCCUUCACAUCCUCACUAUCAUUCACCCUUAUUCUUGCAUGUUUAAAUACUUUAAUGUUUUAGCUCUAGCUUAGUGGUGUCCUUUAAUACUGUUUUAAAGUGGUGACUGCUCAAAAAUUAUUUCCAUUGAAUUACAAAGUACUAUCCAAUUCUUAUUGUGUUAGAGUUAAGCUAAUUAAAAUUGGUAAGUAAUGUAGUAUAAAAUAUUUCUUUACUGUGAACUUCUCUUACAAACACUGUGAAUGAGAGGCUCCUCAGAACUGGAGUUUUGUAUAAUAGUUCAUCCUGUUCAUCUUCAGUCUUCUCUUUUAACAUCAUAUAUAAGUUCAAUUUUAUCAGUUAGGCCUUUAGAAGUCACACAACAAAUAUGCACAUUCAAAGAAGAUACCUGAUUGGCUAUUUAACCCAAAACAACAUUUUUUUUUUCUUUUUCAAUGGAAUCAGAAAAUUUGUCAGUCACUCAUGUGUUUUAGAGUACGUGAUUAUUCUUUAAAUGGUGCAUUUGUGCUUCUGGACUAUUUUGAAGCGUCAUUUCAGUUUACCUCAGAUACUGAUCCAUCCUCCAUAUAUUUGAAUUCAAGUUGUGUUGUGUCAAAUUUACAGUUGUCAAUUGAUCUUCAAGCUGCAGGAGGCCUAGAAGUAGGUCAUUGUCUGCAGCCGCAGCAUGUGCACACGGACAUUUGCCAUCACUGCAAGCAAGUCUGGAGAUGCUGGCUGGCGACAACAGUCAGGGGGAGUUCGGUGGUGUGGGUUAACAACUCGCGGAGGAAGUCCCUGACACACAAGUGGCUGUUUAGUAAAGCUUGUGAAAAAUUUUUGGCAGUGUGUACAAUGCCCUAUUGCUAUAUAUACUAUCUAUACAUGUAGGUGUUAAGGAUAAGUAAUCUCAAAUUUAUUGUUUUAUAUCAGAAUUUUAUUAUGUUCCCUUUCAAUUGAUUUGUUGCUAUUGAUCAAAUUUAUGUUAAUUGGAUACUUUAAAUUUUUUUGGCAUUUUCCAACUGAAAUGCCUUUUUUCAUAAGAAAGGAAAGAACAAAGUAAUUAAAUCUAAAGAAGUUACAAAGGGAGCGGAAUAAAAACAUAAAGGAGAUAAAAAAAUCAAUACCAGAAUUAUUAAACAAAGCCAAUAGUCAACCCUGUGAAACAAAUUGGCAAAAUUGAUUGACUUUUGGCACAAAUUUGCAGUGUUAAUUUAAAAAUCAAGGAAGAAGUUAUGAGCUCCCAUUUCUUUUUUUAGGCAAACUUGGAGAGAACUAGCUAAUGUCAUCAUGCUAGGAUACUGAAGAAGUUUACAUACAUCUCUGAAGGGUCGAUUUAGUUUGAGCAAUGAGGUAUUUGUAUUAGAUGCUGAAAAAUGAAUUAGUUUGAUUAAAUCAUGUGAGGUAGAAGAGUGUACUAGCAGGUGCAUAAAAUAAGAAGGGUACAUCAAUAUUAUGCAGUCUGGAUUUCUGUUUAAGUUUGCAGGUACCUCUUAGACUCCUGAAUUGAUCCAGUUGUCAUCCACCACAGACAUCUAACAUCAGAUUGAAUUUCGUGAUUGGCAACAGAGAAUACUGCUGGAAAAGAUCUGGGCAGAAAUGGAGAACCAUCAGCAGAAAUGAAAAGCUGGGUGGGAACUACACAACAUUUUCAUCUAAAGAAAGUGCACAUCUUGUGGGGCUGAGAGUUCUUUGUUGCUUAAGAUUGUAGAAUGAUAUCGAAUUGGUCUGUGGAAAAUUGCAUUGUUUUUAUUUCUUUAUUAAUCAGUUUAAGUAAUAGGGGAUAUAGAUCAUCAUAAGUAAUUUUAGGGUGGGAGGGAUUAUUAAGUAAUCUUUAAUGGGUGGGAUUAAACAGCAUGAUUAUAUAUUAGAUAUCUCUAAGUAGAC